AUGCAAAUUAUCAACAUUGUAUUGUUAUUCUUAGCGAAGGUUAGCUACAUGCACGCAACUCUGAUAUCGAGUGCAAGCUCCAAGAAUAUUCCGAUAAAAAAUUCACCUGGAAUGGGCGAGCCUUACACACUGCCUUCUGAACUUUCUACUGAUGGACAGGAUGAUUGGGAAACCAUUGAGAGUUUCAGACAAUCAUUACGACUGGCCGCUUUGAAAAACAACCCUAGCGGUGCAGAUGCGUUGCGUAACUUUGUUUCCCAGCAGAAUUCUACGUGUGAUGAGGUCAAUUGGUACAAUGUCCUUCAUCACAGUAUAUUUGGUAGGAAAAGGUUUUGCAACGAAUAG